GACUGUUACGUGUAUACUGUACAUACACUACACGUUGGGAAGAUUCUUGGUUCUAUCGAUUGGGGAAUGCCCCGAGUUUGUCUUCACAAUGGAAAGAACCCAGCAGAGAAAACCUGGAUAGCUACACACGUACAAACCUUGCACAAGCGCACACAAAACCAUAACACCUAUAAAUACCUGCGACCCAAAACAAUUUGACAUCAUUUACCAAGCUACCUUUUCCCAGCUCACUUACCUUGAGAUACAUUCUCCAUCCAUUGUCAAACCAAUACAUCUGAACAUGAAAGUUUUGUGCGUUGUGUCUGCCAUUGUGGCAAUGAGUGCCUUGACUCAGGCCCAAAAAAUCGUCCAAAAGGCUCCUUCCAACCUUGUCAACUGCAACUGCCAAUGUGAUAAUUACACCUAUACCAACCACAGAGGAGAGAUCCAAGGCAACUGCAAAUCUGCCGAUCAGACCUAUGGCCUUUGGUGCUAUGUGGACCGUCAUGAUGAUUGUGCCGAUAUCCGCUAUUCGCAAAACCGCCGAGAUUCAUACGGUAAUAGGCGAAAGUGGUCCUACCAAGCCUGCUCUACCCCUGCUAAGAACAGCUACCAAUGCCGAAACAACAAUUUUGGAAACAACUUUGGCAACAACAACAACUUCAACAAUGGCAAUCGCCGACCUGGAAACAAUCGCCGACCUGGAAACAACCGACGACCUGGAAACAAUCGACGACCCGGUAAUAACAUCCAGAACUUGAACAGACCCGGUGCUCUUGGUCAACUCCUCGGUCUUGGUGUUCGUGAUGGUGCUGCUGGUGGCGAUAAUGUCAAUGAUGUUCCCGCCAAUACUGGCGGAAUCCAAUUCCAAUAAGUCUUGAAGUGGAAUGUUCUUCAAUUCAGUAUUGCUCAGCUUUUCAGACCCAUUCUCACUGAAUUGGCUGAUACAAAGUGAAUGUUACCUUGUCACAACACGUCAUACCAACAAAAUUUAUCGUGCUUAAGUUGAAUCAACCAUGUAUAAUAAAAGUUUUAAGUUUGAA